GUGAUUUCUUUAAUAUCAAAGAAAAUAUAGUUAACUGCAGGAAGUAAAUGAAUGUAGCUUACCCAGGCUAUUUUUGGGAGGAUUGGCUUCAAGUGUAACCCUUCCUUUUCUUUCUAACUUUUUCUUCUUGUAUGGUGAUACCAUUACUCCAAAUUGCAGAAACAGCUUACAUAAAAACUUCUUAAGAAAUCAUAAUAUUUAAUAAAUACGAUUCGAAUAUAAUGUUGAAAAUGCGGUAGGUGUGAGAAGUCAAAACAAAACUAAAAAAAAAAAAAUAACUUCUUUUCCAAACACAAUCACUGUUAAACUCUCACGAAUACUUCUAUUAAAUACAAUUUAAUUCGUCGCUAGUGAAACGACCCUCCAUGACAGUAUAGCCGCAAUGGUUGAAAUAAAGGAGAGAACGGGAACAGUUACACUACUCCACUCAACUCCCAACUCUGCUCCGUUCACCUCAAACGAUGGAUGAAAAAUGGUUUCAUUUACUUGAUCACAAUUUUUUUUCAAAUUAAUCGAGUUCUUUUCUAGGUUUCAUAUCACUCCUUAAUAAAGUAGACACUUAUUUUACUUAAUUCUACACAAAAACACAAAAUUUAAACUUAAUAUACAGCAGAAGCUGUUUACGAGCUCUUGACGGUUAUCACCUCUAAUCCACUGCCACCUAUAGCGAAAACUUUUCUUUGUGGAGAAUACGUCUAUAAAUUAUUUUAUUCAAGUUAUGUAGUUAUGACAACUAACUUUACACAAUAAAUUUUAAAAGGUAUUUUUUAUUUUGAUUAUUUAGAUAUGAUACAAUAAGUUUACAUUAAAAAUUUGAUGUAUCUUGAUUUUGAAUUUUUUUCAAACCUAUUGAGCGCUUAUCUAAUUCUACAUACCAGGAUGGAGUUCGUUCUUAUCAAUUUUGACUUUUGUGAUAAGUAAUUCAGGUGUAAUCAAACUGUGUUCAGACUUUGAUUUAACGUUUAAAACCUCUAAAUAAAAAUGCUUGCUAAUAAGCUUGCCUUCGUUACUGGAGCUGGUAGUGGAAUUGGUCGAGCAACUUGCUUAGCUUUCUGCAGAGAAGGUGCUAAAGUAAUUGCUUGUGAUAAAAAUGCUAAAUCAGCACAAGAAACCUUGAACCUUCUUUCAGAACCAGAAUCCCAUUUGGGUUUAGAGAUCGAUGUUAGUGAUAGAGAAUCUGUUACUAAGGCUUUACAGGCAGGUUUAAAGAAAUAUUCUAAGCCUGCUAAUGUUAUCGUCAAUUGUGCUGGUAUUACAAGAGAUGAUUUUCUACUUAAAAUGGACCCUGCAAAAUUUCAGGAAACCAUAAAUGUCAAUCUUACAGGUACGUACAAUGUUGUUAAAGAAGCAUGCACGAUUCUAGUUGAAGAAGACGAACCAGGGAGUGUUAUUACAGUAGGAAGUAUAGUAGGCCAGAUGGGAAAUAUUGGACAAGCCAAUUAUGCAGCUAGUAAAGCAGGCGUUGAGGCUUUGACGAAAUCUGUUUCAAAAGAAUUAGGCAUGUUCAGGAUCAGGUGUAAUGCAGUGAUACCUGGCUUUAUCGAAACUCCCAUGACUAAUACUGUUCCUGAUCAAGUAAAAAGUAUGUUUAUGAAGAUGAUACCUCUUGCUCGCUUUGGAGAACCUCGAGAAAACCUUCUAACAGCUUUGAUAAACAAAGUAGAUGGGUACAUCGAUCCUAAAGUCAUCGAUUCGAAAAAUGCCACACAAGAACUGGCAUAUGCUCUUCUCAGACUGGGACCUGUAGUUAGCAUCAGUGGUAACAUUACAGACGAAGCAAGAGGGUUCACGCUCAGAUUUAGUCUUUCUGCACAAGCAGAAACCUUGGUCAAGAGGUCUGUUGCUGUUGUUGAUGAUGAUGAGUUAGAUAAUAUCGAAAUAACUGGAAGUGAAGGAGGAAUGCUACAACCUUUGGUCACCGUUCUGGAGCCAUACCUCGUCAAUGCGGCAUCCAUAGUUUUCAACGGUGUCAUGAGCAACAUGAUCGCCAACUUCAUGCACGAGCUUUCUCUUUUAAGUAGCACUAAUCUGGAUAAUGGCACGCUAAAACCUUUACGAGUAAACGCCGGUCGACAAAGAUUUCGACGUACUGCAAAUGCUGAAGAAGAAACAGUCGAUGCUGUUCAGUUAUCUCCUACUACUAGUACCAGAAGGCUGUCACGUCGUUUCGAUGUUUCCUCUACCAGCGUAUGGGGAACUUUACGCGAAGAAUAA